AUGGGUAAAACUCAUAGUAAGGAGAAGAGAUCCUCCAGUACAAAGUCACCGAAGCAAAGCAGUACUGGAAAACCAAAGCGUGGAAGUGUAAAGAAUCCAGAGGGUGGAAGCGCCACUGGUGCCGACAAGCACAGCAAUGGAUCGGUCGAAGCGAACAACGCCAGCAUCGACGUACUGAGCGCAGCCACUGUCGAUUCGACUUCGCAGCAACAGUCGGCAGCUACUUCCCCACAGUCAGAGCAGCAGCAACAACAACAAGAUUCAACAUCACCAAAACAACCGGCUUCACCAUCACUCUCACCUAACAACGGUAGCUUAAGCAAUAACAACAACAAUAACAAUGGAUCGUUGAAUGACAACAAAGAGAAUGGUGCCAACGUUGUCGACAGCGCCAGCACACCAGAUUCGCCAUCGACCGCUGGCGACGAUGACGAAGGUCCCGAAGAGAUCAUCUUCUCAAAGAAUAAACAGACCGUAACCAAAGACGACUUUGAGUUACUCACCGUCAUUGGUAAAGGAAGCUUUGGAAAAGUAAUGCAAGUCAAGAAGAAGGAUGACAAUAAGAUUUACGCCAUGAAAGUUCUCCGUAAGGAUGCAAUUAUCGCCAGAAAACAAGUAAAUCACACCAAAUCCGAAAAGUCCAUUCUCCAAUGUAUCUCACAUCCAUUCAUUGUCAACUUACAUUUUGCAUUCCAAACAAGAGAUAAACUCUAUAUGAUUUUAGAUUUUGUAAAUGGAGGUGAGUUAUUCUUCCAUUUGAAGAGAGAAGGUAGAUUCUCUGAAGCUAGAGUUAAAUUGUAUGCUGCAGAGAUUGUUUCGGCAUUGGCACAUCUUCAUCAACAAGAGAUUGUAUAUCGUGAUUUGAAACCAGAGAACAUUCUACUGGAUUCAGACGGACACAUUUGUAUAACAGAUUUUGGAUUAUCCAAGAAGAUUGAAACUACCGACGGUACCUUUACAUUCUGUGGUACUCCUGAAUAUCUUGCACCAGAGGUACUGAAUGGUCAUGGACAUGGAUGUGCUGUCGAUUGGUGGAGUUUAGGUACUUUAUUAUUUGAAAUGUUAACUGGUUUACCACCAUUCUAUUCACAGAAUGUUAGUAUGAUGUACCAAAAGAUUCUCAAUGGAGAACUCAAGAUUCCAAGUUAUAUUUCACCAGAGGCAAAGUCACUGCUCGAGGGAUUGUUGACUAGAGAGGUCGACAAGAGAUUGGGAUCAAAGGGUGGCAAUGAAGUAAAGAAUCAUCCAUGGUUCAAGAAUAUCGACUGGGAGAAAUUGGACAGAAAGGAAAUAGAGGUACACUUCAAGCCAAAGGUAAAGUCUGGAACCGACAUCAGUCAGAUCGAUCCACUGUUCACCCAAGAGAGACCACUAGACAGUGUUGUCGAAACUACAACACUCGCCGAUGCCGUUAGCAAAGAUAAUAGUUUCGAAGGUUUCACCUACGUUGCUGACUCUGUAUUAAAAGAUUAA